GGCGGCGUGCGCGCUCCAGAGAGGGCGGGAAAGUGACGUCACCCGCUGCCCGCACACGUGUCGCUCUGGCUGGGGCUCUGUCCCCCUAUAAAGCUCCCAUAUGGGGCCUAUAGAGCCCCUCUAUGGGGCCUAUAGAGCCUCCGCUGCCCCCUAUAGACACUCCCCUUCCCCCUAUAGCCCUUCCACGGCCCCGUCUUUACCCCCUAUAGUCCCUUCCGCUUCCCUAUAGCCCCUCCUCUUUCCCCUAUAGACCCGCCUCUUCCCCCUAUGGACCCUCCUCUUCCCCCAAUAGACCCGCCUCUUCCCCCUAUAGCCCCUCCUCUUCCCCCUAUAGACCCUCCUCUUCCCUCUAACGCCGCUGCUUCUCUCUGUAGCCCCAUUUCACCAUUUAUAGCCCGAUUUCCACCCCCUAUAGCCCCAUUUCCCCCCCAUAGCCACAUUUUCACCCUUAUAUCCCCAUUUCCACCCCCUAUAGCCCCAUUUCCACCCUUAUAUCCCCAUUUCCACCCCCCAUAGCCCCAUUUCCCCCUACAUAUCCCCAUUUCCCUGCCUUCUAGACCCGUUUCCAACCCCUAUAGCCCCAUUCCCCCUAUAUCCCCUUUCCCCCCCCAUAGCCUCAUUUCCCCCCUCCCAUAGCCCCAUUUCCCCUCCCAUAGCCCCAUUUCCCCCCCAUAGCCGCUCCUCAGCCCCAUCCCUUUGGUCCCGUUGGGUCCCUUUGGCCCCGUUUGGCCCCAUUUGGACCCGUUGGGCCCCAUUGAGCGAUGUCGGACUCGGGGCAGAGCCCGGCCCCGGGCGGGCGGCGCCGCUGGACCCGGGACAAGGAGCCGGAGGGCGGUGGAGAGCGGCGGGAGGGGGGGGAGGAGCCCGCGGGGCUGAUGCAGAAGACGCCGAUUAUCCUGGCCAAGCCCCCGGGGGAGCGGCCUCAAGCAAAGGCGGGUCCGGGCCCGGCCCCCCCCCCCCCCGCCCCCCCCCACGUGCUGAUGAAGGCGCGGGGGGAGGAGGGGCGCGGGGGGGGCGUGGCCAGCGCGGGGGAGGGGCCAGCGCAGGCCCCGCCCCGCGAGAGGGAGGGGGGGCCCCGGCCCACCCAGCCCGUGUAUCAGCUGCACGGCAGGGGGCUGCCCCCCCCCGGCGCCAUGGACCCCGUGGCCGGCCAAUCGCGGCUGGCGGCGCCGGAGAAGAUGAAAACCAGCAUCAAACUGGUGGACGAGCAGAUGAACUGGUGCGACAGCGCCCUGGAGUACCUGCUGGAGCAGACGGACGUGCUGGUGGUCGGGGCUUUGGGGCUUCAGGGCACCGGGAAAUCCACCCUCCUGUCCCUGCUGGCGGCCAACCAGCCCGACGAGGACCCCCGGUCGUUCGUGUUCCGGCCGCAGGGCCCGGAGCUGCGGGAGCGGGGGGGGAGCCAGACCGGGGGCAUCGACUUCUUCAUCACGCAGGAGCGCGUCGUCUUCCUCGACACGCAGCCGCUGCUGAGCCCAGCGCUGCUCGAUCACCUCAUCAACAACGACCGGAAGCUGCCCCCCGAGUAUGGGCUGCCCCACACCUACAUCGAGAUGCAGUCUCUGCAGAUCGCCGCCUUCCUCUUCACCGUGUGCCACGUGGUGCUGCUCGUGCAGGAUUGGUUCACUGACCUCGGCCUCUACCGGUUCCUGCAGACGGCCGAGAUGGUGAAACCUUCGACCCCCUCCCCCGGGCACGAGCCCAGCGCCGGCGCCGAGGAGCCCUCCGAGUACUACCCACACCUGGGUGAGACCCACAGCGCGACCCAUACAGGCGCGGCGCCGCUGUUCCCGCUGCUGGGCGCGUUCCGGGGCCACGGCUCGUUCGCGGCGCUGGUGGCGCGGCUGCGGGGCCGGGUGCUGGCGGCCGCGCGUGCGCAGCUCUCCCACAGCCUGCUCACCGAGCGCAGCUGGUUCCAUUACGCCGCCCGGAUCUGGGAUGGGGUGAAGAAAUCCUCGGCCCUGGCCGAGUACGGGCGGCUGCUGGGCUGAGGCCACGCCCCCUUUCCCCUUGGCCACGCCCCCUUCCCCCUUGGCCACGCCCCCUUCCCCCUUGGCCACGCCCCCUUCCCAUUCAUCCUCUGCGCUGUGGCCACGCCCCCUUUCCAUUCACGCCCUUCUGCCGCGCUGUGGCCACGCCCCCUCUCCCUUGGCCACGCCCCCUCCGUUUGCUCCUUUAUGGGCUGUGGCCACGCCCCCUCCCCUUGGCCACGCCCCCCUUGGGCAAUAAACCGGCUUUGAACCCCCCCGA